UCCAAAAAUGCCACCCAAAUCCAUCUCCCCAAAACCCUACUUCUUCUAUGGCCACCGGAAGCCCUCCCAAAACCGUCCAGUUGUUUAUGGCGGCCUCUUUUCGAACCGCCAGAUCCUCAAAACACCCCAAACUCCUCCACCACUUUCACCACCCUUUGAUCUCCAUAAAUGGGACCCACACCACCUCUCUCAGAAUCCAUCGCCGCCGCCGCCCAUUCCCAAUCCACGCCUUAACCCUAAACUCUCACCAAUCGCCCGCUUCAUCACGGAUGCCUUCCGCAAGAACCAGUACACUUGGGGACCAACUGUUGUCUUUGAACUCAAUAAGCUCCGUCGUGUUACUCCCUCGCUCGUGGCGGAAGUGCUCAAAGUCGAAGACGACCCCGUUUUGGCUUCAAAAUUCUUUCGUUGGGCUGGUAAGCAGAAAGGAUUUAAACAUGAUUUCGCUUCUUAUAAUGCUUUAGCUUAUUGCCUCAAUAGAAACGGUCGUUUUCGAGCUGCCGAUCAGUUACCGGAGCUAAUGGAUUCGCAAGGGAAGCCGCCGACUGAAAAACAGUUUGAAAUUCUAAUACGCAUGCAUGCUGAUAACAAUAGAGGACAAAGGGUUUAUUAUGUGUAUCAGAAAAUGAGGAAUUUCGGAAUUAAGCCGCGUGUUUUUUUGUAUAACCGAGUAAUGGAUGCAUUGGUCAAAACAGGAUAUUUAAAUUUAGCAUUGUCUGUGUAUGAGGAUCUUAGAGGGGAUGGUUUGGUGGAGGAAAGCAUUACAUUCAUGAUUUUGAUCAAGGGUUUAUGUAAGGCGGGGCGGAUCGAAGAAAUGCUAGAGGUUUUAGGGAAGAUGAGGAACACGUCAUGUAAGCCGGAUGUUUUUGCGUAUACGGCUAUGAUUAGGAUCUUGGUUUCCGAAGGAAACUUGGACGGGUGUUUGCAUGUUUGGGAGGAGAUGCAGCGAGAUGGGGUGGAGCCGGAUGUAAUGGCUUAUGUAACAUUAGUUGCAGGGUUGUGUAAGGGAGGAAGGGUGCAGAAAGGGUACGAGUUGUUCAAGGAUAUGAAAAGGAAAGGGAUAUUGAUUGAGAGGGCUAUCUAUGGUGUCUUAAUAGAAGGAUUCGUGAAGGACGGGAAGGUUGGUUCUGCCUGUGGUUUGUUGAAGGAUUUGAUAGAUUCUGGUUACAGGGCUGAUUUGGGGAUUUACACUUCACUUAUCGAAGGCUUGUGUGAUGCGAGGCUGGUUGAUAGAGCACAUAAGCUUUUUCAGGUAACCGCUCAAGAGGGCUUAGAGCCGGACUUUGCAACUGUGAGGCCCAUGUUGCUGGCAUUUGCAGAGAUGAGACGAAUGUCUGAUUUUUGCAAGUUGCUAGAGCAGAUGCAGAAGUUAGGGUUUUCUAUUAAUGAUGAUCUCUCUAAGUUUUUCUCGUUUGUGGUCGAGGAGGAGGAAAGAGCAGUAAUGGCUUUACAAGUGUUCGAUGAGUUAAAAGCGAAAGGUUACAGUAGUGUCCCAAUCUACAAUAUUCUGAUGGGGGCUCUCCACAAGACUGGGAAGGUGAAGCAAGCAUUAUCACUAUUUCAAGAGAUGAAGGAUAUGAAUCUCGAGCCUGACUCCUCUACAUAUAGUAAUGUGGUAUUAUGCUAUGUUGAAGACGAGAACAUUAGGGAAGCUUGCAUCUGCCAUAACAAAAUUAUAGAGAUGGUAUGUGUUCCUUCCAUUGAUGCUUACCGUUCUCUCGCUAAAGGUCUCUGCAGAAUUGGGGAGAUCGAUGCAGCUAUGAUGAUGGUUCGUGAUUGCUUAGGUAAUGUUACAAAUGGUCCCAUGGAAUUUAAGUACACUCUUACUAUCCUCCACGCUUGUGAAUCAGGUGCUGAGAAAGUGAUGGAAGUGUUGAAUGAAAUGAUGCAAGAAGGUUUGCCUCCGGAUAACGUUGUAUGUUCUGGAAUUAUAGCCGGCAUGUGCAAGUACCGGACCGUAGAAGAGGCGAGGAAGGUGUUUGCUAAUUUGAGAAUCCGGAAACUUAUAACCGAAGCUAAUCUGAUUGUAUAUGAUGAAUUAUUGAUUGAAUACAUGGAGAAGAAAGCAGCUGACCUUGUGCUUUCGGGGUUGAAGUUCUUCGGUCUGGAAUCAAAACUAAAAGCAAAGGGCUCCACCUUGUUGUCUUAGAUCAAACUAUAAUGCAGUUGCAGUUAAAUUGGUUUCGAGAUUGAAGUUUGUACAAUUGGCUCCGAGAUGGAAACAUCUUUCGACAUGAUAUCAGCAGUCCGAAGUACGGUGCUCUUAUGUGCUGCAAUCUACCUCACCAUCGGGGAUUCAAUCAUGGCAGAUAUACUCGUUAACUUUGAUCAAAAUUCUGGUUCGGUAAUCGGAUCUUUACUCAAUGACAUAGUUUGAUUGAGCUACGCACUGCAAAGCCAACAUCGAUGAAUUUCUUUUUUCCAGAGAAAAUUCACCUGGCAAAAGAUAAGGACCAGAUUCAUGUCCCUCACGCUUGUUCUUUAGCCUUCAGUUACUUGGCAGCCAUAGCCAUCCCUAACUUA